UCUCCCCUGUUAUUUAUACCUCCCGCGCCCGCGCCAUGGCUCACGCACCGCCGCCACAACGCAGAACGCACUCCCCUGCUGCUCCCGCCAAGCUUGCUCUCACGCCUCCGGCGUGUCCAUGCACAGCAGCAUAAUCAGGAGCACGAAGACGAAGACGGAGGCCUGCGCCGGUCCGUUUCUGGUCGCCGCGAUCGGCGGAGGCAGCGUCGCCGCGGCGCAAAUGGCUCGGCCGCAGCAGCGGUACCGUGGCGUGCGGCAGCGCCACUGGGGCUCCUGGGUCUCCGAGAUCCGCCACCCCCUCCUGACUGACGGUGAUGACGGUGGUUGCAGGAAGACGCGGAUCUGGCUGGGCACCUUCGAGACGGCGGAGGACGCGGCGCGGGCGUACGACGAGGCGGCAAGGAUCAUGUGCGGCCAGCGCGCGCGCACCAACUUCCCCGCCGUUGCCGCCGCCGGCAGCGUCUCCUCCUCCUCCUCCGCGGCCGUGGCGUCCUCGUUCCUCUCCGCCGCCCUCGUCGCGAAGCUGCACCGGUUCAACAUGGCGUCCGUGCAGGCGGCGCAUCGGCAGAGGGAGGCCGCCGCCGCCGCGGCCUCGGCGGCGGCGGCCACGGCAGCCGCAAUGCCGCCGGGCGGCGCCCACGCGGGGCCGACGCUGCCGUCAUCGACGGGGUGGGUCGGGACGCUCCUCGAGGAGCAGCACGUGGAGCAGAUGAUCGCGGAGCUGCUCGACUCCGACUUCUCCAUGGAGAUCUGCCAUUAGCCAAGCCAGCCAUGCAGCGUGCUCUGCUUCCUCUGCCUCUUCUCGACUCCCUCUCUGUUUCUUGGCGCGAACGAUCGAUCACUGGUCACCGCGCGCGUCCAGUGUAGCGUAGCGUAGUGUAGUAGCUGCAUAUUACAGUCAGUGAGCUAUGUGAUGUGAACACCGGAGAAGAGCUCGUAUUAUUAGUUCAGUCAAGAGUUCUUCUAUGCUAGUGAUCGUACAGAAUAACUGUACGACGUAUUUAGCAUCUAUAUAUCCAUUUAGCAUCUAUAUAUCCAAAGCCUAUACACCCUACGGUAACAAGUCUAA